UGUUCAUCAUCAUUAACAUUCAGCUAUCAAUUUCUUUUUUCAUUUAUGUAUUUACUUGGUCAAUUUUACCUUUUUCUUGAAUUUGACAUUACCCGUUAUUUUUCUUGAUAAAGACAUUCAUGUGUGAAUGAGAAAAGUGUGCAUGAUAAAAAGGGUUUGGAUUGAUUCAUGCAAUUGAGUUUUCAUUUGUUUUUUCUUGGUGGGAUUUUUAAUAUUUUGUGGGUUAAAUUUGUUUUUAUGAGUUUUAAAAUGAAAAAAGGUUGAAUCUUUUUGGGAGAGUUUGGGUUUCUUGUGAGACCAGAUUAGGUAUAAUCUUGCAGCUACAAUUUUGUUUAUCUAAAUUUUGAGUCUGGUGAAUUAGGUUCUGUAUUGAAUUGGGUAGGUUAGGUUUCAUAUAUAUUUUUCAGACAAUAGAACAAAUCCCAAUUGGCAACAGUUUCUCCAAAUCAAAGAGUUGAAUAAUUUGGUGGUAGAAGACACUCCGAAUUGCUUCACUGAAGGGUAUCUAGUAAUCUCAAAUUUUGGAGAUUCUCUACUUGAUAAGCUUGUUGAAUUUAGGAGGGAUGAAAUGCCGAUUCAGUAGUUUCAAGCAGUUAUGUCAUGGAAACAACCACUGAUUCAGAGUCACUGCAACCAGAUGCUGUAUUUGACAAUUACAAGGAAGUGAAGGUUAAGCGAUCCCUCAGGCGUGGAAAUCGUAUUGAUUAUCACUUACUUGAUAAAAGCUCCAAAGCAGAAUCUUAUUGUGAAAAAAUCAUGAAGGAUGAUUCUUCCAGGAACACGCAGAAAACUGACAAUAGUUUCGGCUGUUCAGGCAGCCCUCGAAGUCGAAAGAUAUUAGCUAGAUGGAAUUCUGAUGAAGCAUGCAGGCCAAUCAUUGAUGAAGCUCCUGUAUUUUAUCCAACCGAUGAGGAAUUCCAAGAUACACUUGGUUACAUAGCAAAGAUACGCCCAAAAGCAGAAUCAUAUGGAAUAUGCAGGAUAGUUCCCCCUCCUUCCUGGACUCCGCCCUGCCCACUUAAAGAUGAAAGCAUUUGGGAACAUGCUAAAUUUUCGACGAGAGUUCAGCAGGUUGACUUGCUUCAAAAUAGGGAACCUAUGAGAAAGAAAAACAGAGGGCGGAAGCGAAAACGAAGGAGUCAUUCAAGGAUGGGAACUAGCAGGAGACGUUCAAGUCCUGAAGGUUCCGAAGGAAUCAAUAUUUCUGACACUGAUGAGAAGUUUGGAUUCCAGUCAGGGUCAGACUUUACACUUAAAGAAUUUCAAGAAUUUUCCAAUUAUUUCAAGGAGUGUUAUUUUGGGACAAAGGACAUGGAAGAUGACUCGAACACUGAUGGUGUUGAACACAAGAGAUGGGAACCCAAAGUUGAAGAUAUUGAAGGCGAGUACUGGCGGAUCAUUGAGCAGCCAACAGAUGAGGUUGAGGUAUACUAUGGAGCUGAUUUGGAAACUGGAGUAUUUGGUAGUGGUUUCCCGAAAGCAUCAUCUUUGCUGACCGAAAAAAGUAAUUCAGGUCAAUACGUGAUUUCUGGUUGGAAUUUAAAUAACUUUCCACGCCUGCCUGGUUCUGUACUAUGUUUUGAAGGAUGCGAUAUCUCAGGAGUUCUAGUACCAUGGCUUUAUGUUGGGAUGUGCUUCUCAACGUUUUGUUGGCAUGUUGAGGACCACCAUCUUUAUUCACUGAACUAUCUACACUGGGGUGAUUCAAAAAUAUGGUAUGGAGUUCCUGGAUGCAAUGCUUCUACUUUGGAGAAUGCAAUGAGAAAGCAUUUGCCAGAUUUAUUUGAAGAACAACCAGAUUUACUACAUCAAUUGGUCACUCAGCUAUCUCCUUCAGUUCUAAAAUCUGAGGGUGUACCAGUGUAUCGAGCUAUCCAGCACUCUGGGGAAUUUGUCCUUACCUUCCCAAGGGCGUACCAUUCUGGCUUCAAUUGUGGUUUCAAUUGUGCAGAGGCUGUGAAUGUGGCUCCAGUUGAUUGGUUAAAGCAUGGGCAAAGUGCAGUAGAGCUCUAUAGUGAGCAACGUCGCAAGACGUCAUUGUCCCAUGAUAAAUUGCUUCUAGGAUCAGCUAGAGAAGCCAUUCGUGCCCUCUGGGAGCUGUCGAUUCUCAAGAGGGAAAAAAUGGGAAAUUUGAGUUGGGAAAGUUUCUGUGGGAAGGAUGGGAUGCUUACUAAGGCAAUUAAGACAAGGGUUCAGAUAGAACAGCAAAGGAUGGGGAAUCUUCCAACUCUUUUGCAGUUUCAGAAGAUGGAGAAGGACUUCGAUGUGAAAACUGAGAGAGAAUGUUUUUUAUGCUUUUAUGACUUGCACUUUUCUGCUGCCUGUUGUAAGUGCUCCUUGAACCGAUUUGCAUGUCUUAAACAUGCACAUCUUAUUUGUUCGUGUGCACCAGACAAUAGGUUUGUGCUUGUCCGCUACACCAUGGAUGAACUAAACACGUUGAUUGAAGCAUUGGAAGGGAAUUUGAAUGCGGUAAAAGCAUGGGUGUCAGAAGACCUGGGAUUGGCUUCUAUAAAUAGCAAAGAUAGUGAUUUUGUUGAGCUGGGUCAGGAGAGAGAGAUAACCGGAUUUGACUGUCCCAAGGAAAAGAAAAGCCCAUCAUGUCCUCCAAUAACAGAUGGAAGUUUUAAUAUUAACGAGUCUUGCAGUUCUUUGCAUGAUUGUGGUUCUUCAGAAGUAGUCCAGUUGGAUCUGCAGAGAGAAACUUUUAAUUUAUGUGCAUCAGCCAGCAUGAUAGCUGAGCAUAAAGAGGAAGCUCUGGUCAUAACUGAUGAAGGUAAGGUAGGGCUGGAAUGCUGUAUUGAUUUAAAUCUUGAGAGCAUAUCUGAUGAACAAGGAAGUGGGUUGCAACAAAUAUCUGAUAGUUGUGAUAACAAGGUCAUUUUGAACAUGCAUGAAACCUGUAUGCCUAUGUGCAAGCAAGAAAAAAAUUAUAGUCCAGAUGCACGAAGAGAACAAGAUAUCAUACGACCUAGUAGUGAUUGUGAUUCCUCAGUUUCGCAUGGUCUUUCAAACAGAGACCACCCUUCGUGUUCAAGGGAUGUUGCGAAUUGUUGUGCAUCUGAUGGUAAUAAGUUGUUUGGGGUUGAUCUUAGUGUUCCACUGAGCAACUUGUCCAAAACUGAAAACAUGGACCAUUCAGAUGUAAAUGUAUCUCUAACUGGCCAAAUUAGUCAUAUACAAAAGUCGAGCUUCUGCAUUGAUCCUAUUAAUUAUGGAUCUGUAGUUUGUGGAAAGCUGUGGUGCAAUAAGCAGGCAAUAUUCACAAAAGGAUUCAAAAGCCGUGUUAAGUUCUAUAGUGUGCUCAAUCCAAGGAAAAUGAGUAGCUAUAUAUCAGAAAUUUUGGAUGCUGGGCUCCUUGGUCCUUUAUUUAAGGUUACUUUGGAGGAAUGUCCAAGCGAGAACUUUGCAAAUGUCUCGGCAGAGAAGUGUUGGGAAAUGGUGCUGCAAAGUCUAAGUCAACAAAUCAGAAGGCAGACCAGCUCAGGGAUACAAGGACUGCCCCCUUUGCAUCCUUUAUGGAGCAUUAAUGGGCUUAAAAUGUUUGGAUUUCUCUCCCCACCUAUUGUUCAGGCUAUUGAGGCUCUUGAUCCAAAUCAUCAGUGCUCUGAGUACUGGAAUCACAAGCUUAUAUUCAAGGCAGAGAAGGUGGAAAAUUUGAAUGAAUUUCCUGAAGUGCCUAUGACUUCUGCCAAUGCUUGCAAUGAAGAGAGGUGCCCUUUGGUAACAAGUUGCUCCGGAGGGGAAACAGAUGCAACAAUAUUUGGUUAUAAUAUAAUGAAGCGCGAGGAGGAUAAUUCAGUUAUAGGUAGCUGCAAUAAUUCAGUUGAUAAAGAGUUACAAUCUGUACUUCAAGGAUUGUUGAAGAAGGCAAAUCCUGAAGAACUGAAAAUAAUGCAUAGAAUUCUGUGCAGUGAGUCAAGAAGCCCUGAAUGGAGAGUGGCACUCACAACAUUGACUGAAGAGAUCCAGAAAACAUGUAGAUAAGGAACACAAUAAGGUCUCGUCAUCCUUUCUUGUUCGAGGUAGCAUCUGACUUCAUUCCCUUAUUUAUUAGGCCAAUUCUUUCAAACGCCAUGAGACACACAGAGAGAGAGAGAGAGAGAGAGAGACUGAUUUGAGUUGUGCACCGAUAUUUGCAUGUGCAGACUCGCGAAAUAGGUUUUGGUCUUCCAUUUUGUGAAACAUGUCACAGUGAGGGCUUCUUGUAAAUUAGAAUACCUGGUGGCUCUUUUUGUUUCAAAAUACAUGUCAAUUUAGUUUUGAAGUCUUCUCAUCAAUAGAUGCUAGUGCAACACUCUAACUC